GCUAGAGAGCAGUGCAGGGAGCGCCAGCCCCGCCGCCAGCCGCCUUCCUGUGGGCAAGGCCGACCGCCGCGCCGAGCGCCGGCCCGGGCCCGGCCCGGCCGCCCCCGCGCCGCUCGCCCAUGGCGGAGACCAAGAUCAUCUACCACAUCGACGAGGAGGAGACGCCGUACCUGGUGAAGCUGCCCGUGCCGCCGGAGAAAGUCACGCUGGCCGAUUUCAAAAAUGUCCUCAGCAACCGGCCCGUGCACAGCUACAAGUUCUUCUUCAAGUCCAUGGACCAGGAUUUCGGGGUGGUGAAGGAAGAGAUCUCAGACGACAAUGCAAAGCUCCCUUGCUUCAAUGGAAGAGUGGUGUCCUGGCUGGUGCUGGCUGAGAGCUCCCACUCGGACACGGGCUCGCAGUGCACCGAGAGCCACGCGGAGCUGCCGCCGGCGCUGGAGAGGACGGGCGGCAUCGGCGACUCCCGGCCCCCCUCCUUCCACCCCAACGCUGCCAGCAGCAGGGACGGCCUGGACAACGAGACGGGAACCGAGUCCGUGGUCAGCCACCGGCGCGAGCGGCACCGGCGCCGGAACCGCGAGGGCCACGAGGACGCCCCCAGGAUCAACGGGCACCCCAAGCUGGAGCGGCACCGGGAGCACCCCCCUGGCUACGACAGCUCCUCCACCGUGCUGAGCAGCGAGCUGGAGUCCAGCAGCUUCAUCGACUCCGAGGAUGAGGAGCACACCAGCAGGUUGAGCAGCUCCACGGAGCAGAGCACCUCGUCCCGGCUCAUCCGCAAGCACAAGCGCCGGAGGAGGAAACAGAGGAUGCGGCAGAUCGACAGGUCGUCCUCGUUCAGCAGCAUCACUGACUCCACCAUGUCCCUAAACAUCAUCACUGUCACACUCAACAUGGAAAAAUACAACUUCCUGGGAAUCAGCAUUGUGGGGCAGAGCAAUGACCGGGGCGAUGGUGGCAUCUACAUUGGCUCCAUCAUGAAAGGAGGGGCGGUGGCAGCGGACGGGCGCAUCGAGCCAGGGGACAUGCUGCUGCAGGUGAAUGAUGUCAAUUUUGAGAACAUGAGCAAUGACGAUGCCGUUCGGGUUUUACGGGAAAUCGUCUCCAAACCAGGACCUAUCAGCCUAACAGUAGCCAAAUGCUGGGACCCUACUCCCAGGAGUUAUUUCACCAUCCCCAGGGCUGAGCCGGUGCGGCCGAUCGACCCCGCGGCGUGGAUCUCUCAUACCACGGCCAUGACGGGAGCGUACCCCCGUUACGGUAUGAGCCCCUCCAUGAGCAUCACCACAUCUACCAGCUCCUCACUAACAAGCUCAAUUCCCGAGUCGGAAAAAUUAGAAGAAUCUCCCUUAACUGUGAAGAGUGACAUGGCUACUAUUGUCAAGGUCAUGCAGCUGCCAGACUCAGGCCUUGAAAUUCGGGACAGGAUGUGGUUAAAAAUCACCAUUUCCAACGCAGUGAUAGGAGCAGAUGUGGUGGACUGGCUCUACACCCACGUGGAAGGCUUCAAGGACCGCCGGGAGGCCAGGAAAUACGCCAGCAGCAUGCUGAAACACGGCUACCUCAGGCACACUGUGAACAAAAUCACCUUCUCAGAGCAGUGCUACUACGUCUUCGGAGACCUCUGCGGCAGUAAGUCCCCAGCUGGGGAGGACAGAGCUGUCCCCGUGUCACUUUUGUGCCCCCAGGGUGCUCCUUGUCCCCUUGUGUGGCCUCGUUUAGUGAGGAGGGAUUUCCAUGAGGGUGGCAGAGCUCUGGAGCAGGAGGGUGGAGGGUGGAGUCUCUCUGGAGAUAUUCCAAACCCAGCUGGACACGUUCCUGUGUCACCCAGGAUUGGGCAGGGGGAUCUCCAGAGGUGCCCUGGCUCUCCUGGGGUUCCACAAGGGGAACCCUUCAUCACCCUGGAAUUGUGUGGCAAGUGGCUGUGCUCCCUGGUGAAAGAGAAGGCAAGGUGGUUUCUUUUGGAAAAGGCACACAAUAAAGCAGAGACAAUUUGCUUGAGCCAAACCCCAAAUUGCUGCUCUUUCCUGCUCCCCUCUCUCCCGUCGGGCUGGAUUUGUGGCCGGAGCUGGAUUGCAGCCGCCGCUUUCGCUCGGGGCCGUGUCCGUGUGUCCCCACGCGUGGCACGUCCCUCCCCACGGGCGCGCGGGGCCCUCCGCGGAGCCCAGCUCAUCCUUCCCCUCUCCUUUUUUGGGCCAUCAGGGAGCAAAAGCAGCGGCUCCAACCGGAGCACCAGCGAGACCAGCAGGAGAGGAGCGGGCAGGGAGAAGGAGCGCAAGUCCGGGGGCAGCGGCAGCGAGUCGGAGCCGGGCGCGCGCCGCGAGCGGCCGCUCAGCCAGCUCAGCCAGCGCUCCGCCAGCGACGGGAGCCACCAGAGCCACCACUCCUACGGGCCCCCGGGGCUGCCCCCCUUGUACAGCCUCCCCAAGCUGGGCUCCAAGGGGCUGGGCAGCAGCGGCCCGCCCGGAGCGCCGCCGGUGCGCGAGCUGAGCGCCGUGCCGCCCGAGCUCACCGGGAGCCGCCAGUCCUUCCAGAAGGCCAUGGGCAACCCUUGCGAGUUCUUCGUGGACAUCAUGUGAGAGGAAGUGCCUUCAAAAGACUCUUGGUUUUAUUUUGGUUUUUUUUUUUGGUUUUUAGCGGGUGGGUUGUGGGGCGCUCCGUUGGAAGAGGCUUGGCUGUCUUGCAUGUCACACCGUUCUGUUCGCCAGCGCGUCGCACGAAACAGCAAAAAAAAUCGACAAAACUCAACAGAAAAAGGAGAAAAAAUAAAUACAAACCCCGCCCCCCUGGCCUACAAAAAUGAACAACAAAAUCUCCUGGGAUUGUUAAAUAUCAGCAACUCGGCAUCUUUUCGUUAUGUUUAUUUUUUCCUCCCCUCCCCAUCUCAUUUUGGAUCGUGAAUGGCUGGUGUAUAUUCACAUCUUGAUGAGCUUUGGUUAUUGUGGCACCUACUUCAGUGGAAUUAGUGUCUCUUGCUGGGCUGAAUGCAGGACUGGUAUUUCACAUGACUUUUAAAUUCCUGACAAUGCAUAGGAGCACUUUGAUUUUUUUUUUCCCCUGCUUUUUCUCUUGCAAGGACAAAAGGACUGCUGGCUGGUAUCUGGGAUACUGCCUUGGAAUGCUGAUUCUUGGAUGCAUCCACAGCUCUAAGCAGACGUGGCACCCUCAAGUGCUUGGAAAGGAGCAGGAUCCAACCAAUUCCUAGAGGAAAACAAAGUUGUGGCUACUUUCUGCUGACUAGGCAGUAUAAAUCAAUCUUUUUUGGAUUCUUUAAGGGGCUUUUUUUUUUGAGAUAUUCUAUCAAGGGAGUGCUGGAGUCUUGCUACUGUAUGUGUUCAUUGUGCAGAACUUGUAAAGUUGUUUCCUUCAGUUAUUUCCUUAUUUCCCAAGAGUGAUUUUCCAGCUGCGCUCGGUUCCUGGGCAUUUCAGUCACAUCCCUGUUGCCAGGUGUGGCUGUUCCCUCUGAUGUGCACUUGCUUGCAGGUUGGAAGAGUUAUUCCCACAGAAAUAGGAGAAUGGCUGCAGUUCUGUCAGCUCUGCCCCUUUUGAAGGGGCUCUUUAUCCCAUUCCAGCAGAGAAAUUCUGGCUCCCACGGGGACGUGGCUCUUCUCUGUGAUCCCUCCUUCCUUUCUGAGCACAAGCUUUCUCUUUUUGUUGAAACAGAGACCUGGAGGUGUCUGAUCCCCCAGGGAACAUUUCUGAGCACAGUGGGAGAAAGGUGUGAGGGUACCAGAAA